GAUGAGCCAUGUCACCACGCCAUGCUUCUGUCCUGGUUUUCAUUUUACUCCUGGCGGGAGCACAAGGCUUCUCCUUUGGCGGGCAGAGGGACGAGGACUCCGUUGAGGACCCCUUGAUUGAGGAAGAAGAUGAGGAAAUACGCCCGGAGCACAACCUACCAGACACGCCUCCUUGGUACUCCAGCAAGGGCUACCCCUACGACUACGGAAUGGGCGAGGAGAUGGGAAACAUGUUCGGCCCUCACAACGAGGACCUGUUCAAAGACAAGGACUACCUUUUUGAAGAACCCCAGAAGACUUUCGAGGAGAUAUACGAAGAAGUUUUCAGGUUUCAUGACGUUGACAAAGACGACGUGCUCACGCCAGAGGAAGUGCGACGGGCGCUGAUCCACUCGAAAGUCGACAUUGUGGAUGCCGCAGGAAAUGAUCUCGUGGACGACGCCCUUGCAUACGACGACAAAGACAAGGACGGAAUGCUGUCGCUCGAGGAGUUCCUGCUUUCGCAGAAGACAAACUUGAGCGGCCUCAGGAGCCUCGGGUCUCUGGAGCUAUGACGCGUCACUGGUUACGAGAGUCUCCGAACUAUACUUCGUAUCAGCAUCAAAAAUUUUAAGGUUUACGGCGUUUUUACUCGUGUUAAUAACUAAAACACCGUGCACCGAUCUUCGCGUUAUGCGCUUUAGAGUGAAGAGACGUAUGUUCUAAAGCGCUAUAGCGACCUAUUUUUAACGCUGCAAUUCCCAAACACAGUUAUACAUCAAGAAAAAGUGAAAAAAAAAAAGAUUGUUGACAUUUAUUUAUGGCCAUGGAGUGUACAUACGUGGUGUUCCUUUUCUUUUUCUUUCUUAUUUUUUUAGACCGUACAAUUUUUUUAAAUCGCCUAUAACAGAUGGCGUAAUCGUAGUCUUUGAGUUGAAUUACUAGCACAAGAAAUUAUAGCAGGAUACAUUACUAGCACGAGAUAUAGAAAUGCAUAGUCGACUAAUUACCAAAAAUUACUAUUAUCUCUAAAUCAAAUACUUUACGGCAAAUAAAAUUUACGAAUUGUAAAUCACUGUUGCUCCACUUACUUUCUUUCCCGCCAUUUUAUCUGGAACGCCCAUGUAUUUCGUCGCACACUUUGGGAAUGAAUAUCUAGGAACUGGUGCCAUCCUCAAAGUUUCUUCCAAUUGGAUACGCCUUGCGAACUCACCUGCUACAAUUCGUAAAUUAAAAUAUACAGCAUAAAAUACUUAUUUGAAAGUUCAUUAUUUAUUUAUUUCUUAAUUAGCCUAUUAUGCAUUUUGAUUUCUCGUUGAAGUAAUUCCCACCUCUUUGAGUAAUCAAUCUCGAUGACUAGAAUUAAGUUAUCUUCCACAGGCGAUAUUAAAAUAUUCUGUAUGGUCUGUGAAAAAAAAAACAUUUGGUAUGUAGAAAGAAAACUAAGAAAUGUCUUUUUCUCUGUUAUAACUUAAUUACUGUGCUAAUAAAUUAAUUAGCAACUACUUUGUUAAACUAUCGGCGGCUGAAACUUCACUCCAGCAUAUAAGAAACUAUGGGCUCUGCAUUAAGUUUCUCGCGCUUCAGUCAGCAUUUUGGGGCAUCAAAUUCGGCGUACCCUAUAUGAUAAAUUGGACAUUACAGGGUUAAUCGCGUUACUGGCUACAGAAGAGGCCACGUUACCAUCUCACUUCCCUCCACUGCACAAGAAAUUAUGAAUCAGGUGCUCCUUUUCGCUUGAGCGUUGUUUUAAAAAAUCUCCCCCGAGUUCAUUAAGUCUCCGUGUAAACAAAAUAGAAAAAAAAAAGGAAAACGUGGUGCAAGAGCAUGAUAGAUGUAAAGCCAAGAUAUAGUGAAGAAAAAUUCUUGUUGUGGUGCACGUUUUAAAGUAACCUCAUUGCCUCACCCACUUCUCAACGCUAUUGUUAAGGUAACUAGAUGUGUGAACUUCAGGGUUUAAUACUAUGCACUCAGUGGUAUGCUGUGUUUUUCGCUUGUACCUGACCAUUUCCAUCGUGAAAUGCGGAGUUGCCAGGGUAUGCUAACCUGGUCGACGUCUCGACGUCAGCGAGUAGUAUUUCUAUUAGGCCACACUGGCGCGUUUCACUUUUCUUUUUUUUUUCUUGGUUUGAAAUGAGCCAUUGCAUUGUCUACAAACGAGCCACUGGUGUGAUGUACGUGGCGACGUUUUCGUCCGAAAUAAAUUUUCCCUGUCUGCUCCCGACUGCAUUGAGCAUAAAGAUGUAAAAAUGAGUGGCCUCUGCGUCCUUAUCGUACAUUUCAAUGAUGUCCUAUGUUGAAAC